AUCGUGCAGUAAGCUUCUUUCUUUGAUAACAGCAUCGCACCGCAAAUAAAGCAACUCCGUCGCGGUUUGAUACUUAACUUACCGACGAACGGCCUUUCCACUCUGCCGCGGCCAUCUAUACACUGCUCAGACUCGGUGACACUACAGAACAAAGCGACUACGUUUAGCGGCCCACCCAACCUCCAGGCGCUGCCCGGCCCUUCGAGCCAAACGCGAAGCUUCAAUAUCAGCGCAAACGAUGUUCCGGCAAGAGGAGCAGCCAAAGACUGGCGUAAGACAGUUUGGCACGCACACGACUGGCAAGGUCGACCACAUGCUCGGCACGCAUGCGACCGUGCGGCCAGAGUACAAAGAUCCACCUCCCAAGCGCACUGUCCCGACUUCUCAGCUAGAGGCUGUGCGCAAUAUCGAGACGCAAUACAUCAAAGCACGCAAGGCUGCGGAGGACGCACGGGAGCGGCAAGGGACCAGCCAUCUGUAUGCAGCAGGCAAAGGCUGGGGGCAUUGACGUAAUCCCAUGCAUUGAAGCUCAGAGCGAAUGAGGAAGCAUAGGGGAGGGGAAGAAUCAUACGGGGCUGCUGCUGUGGUGACUGCCCCACGGCACGGCCAGCCCUUUCAGGAGUCUUCACAGUCCACUACCGUUUCCAACCUGUGUUACAGAGAGAGUUUAUUGGAGUGAUCGAGUGCCUUGCAAUGUGGAGGGGGAAUCGUGUUGUGUGCAGUUGAGGCUGGAGGCUGCCCAAGCACGCAAACUGUAUUGUGAGGACAGUCUAGGGGCCGUGUCAUGUCGCGCAAUCAGGUACUCCAUGCAUGUUGACUUAUGGUUACAUGGGCGAGCGCGAUCUAACACGACGUUACUUGUGCCGCGAUGGGGGAUGAAUGCAUACUACCUGGAGUUGGCCUGGGCCCAAUCCAGAGAUAUGUAAGCUGGUGUGAAUGUGUGAUGGGACAGGGUUCAAGGCAGGUUGGCGAGGUCCCGUAGGGUGCAGCUGAUGCCCAUACCCUCAAGCAGACGGCAGACAGUUUGCAGUGGCAGAGCAGAAGUGCAUGGCUGGUCGAACGCCGGAGUUACUGUACCGACAAGUUGCUGGCUGGCUGGAAGUUUGCUAAUGCUAUGCGCAUUCCUCACGCUCCGGGCGCCCGGCCAGGCGAUAGCACCACACAGAACACAUCGUAAGCUAGUGUGAAUGCAAAUGCAAGACGCCGCAAUCCAUCUGCAUGGCUGGGGGAGAGGUGUGUGCAGCUUGGGCGGUACGCCCCCAUCAGCCUGGGGAUCGGUCUGACAUGUAUGACCCCGCAGCUCAUGACGGAUCGUGACUGCCCUUGCAUCUGUCACGUCGGCUCUUGCGGUGUACUUGGAAGAGUUGGGUCAGGAGCAUGAGCACGGCAUGUAAUUCUCGAGGUAUUCCCUGUACAGUUCUUUACGGCACGUGAUGUAGGAUUGGAGAGUGGCAACGCUGUCUGUGCGUGCUCGUACAUGGUUGAGUAUGGCCUGUAUGAGGGGGGCAAAGACUGUGACGGACUUUGUUACUAUCUGCAUGUCUGUUGCGAAACGGCGUGAGGUGUAUCAUAUGGACAGCACAAAGAUUGAGGCUACGGUUGAGGCAUUGAGCGGAUGCACCUAGGAAAGGAAGCACAGCUGCUCUAAUGUAUUUGCUACGCAAGUGCAAGGAAUGAUGAUACGAAAG